AUGAAAAAAGAAAUUGAUUUUAACAUUUGUUAUGGAGAAGAAAAGCAAAAUUUAAUAGGGUUAUUAAUUGAAAAUAAUUUUGAUGACAUAUAUGAUCCGUUAACUACUGAAAGUUUAAGAUUUUUUUUGCCUUUAAAUGGGGUAUGCUUAAUUGAUUUCCAAUUACACUUUUUCAAACAAAAUAAUAUAAAAAAAAUAUAUGUAGUUGUAACUCAUCAUGAAAAGGAAUUAUUAAAUUAUAUUGAAAAGUUUCAAAAGAGUAAAAAAAAAUAUAGUGACUUAGAUAUUGAAGUAAUUAAAAUGAAUAAAAAAAUAAAAACUUUAGGAGAUGCAUUAAGAGAUUUUAAAAAAUGUGUAGAAAUAUAUAACGACAUUUUAUUAUUACUUUCUGAUACUGUUCCAGUGGCUAAUAUAAAAGAAAUUAUUAAAGCUCAUUUUACUAAUAAAGAAAAAUGCAAGAAUCAGAUAAUGACUCUUAUAUUAUCUCAUUAUACAUAUGAAAAUAGAUCACUCAAUGAUGACUAUGUAAUUGCUUAUGAUAACUUUACUUUCAAACUUUUGUUAUUUGAACCUUUAAAAAACAAAAAUAAUUUAAUUUUAACUAAAGAAAUAUUGAAUGAGAUAAAUACUAAAGAAAAAAAAAAUAACAAAAAUCAAGAAAAAAACUUAAACAUAAAUAGUAAAGAAUCAACUAAUAAUUCUCAUAAUCAAAACACGUUAACUGAUUCUAUAAGAAUUGCAUAUGAUUUAACAUUGCCUAACAUUUUUAUUAUUACACCUCAAGUUUUCAAAUUAUUUGAAGAUAAUUUUGAUUAUCAAUGUAUGCGUAAAGAUUUUAUUUAUAAUAUAUUAAAUCAAGAAAUUAAGUUAGAAGAAAUAUAUGUACACGAAUUAAAUGAUGAUUAUAACUACACAGAGUGUAAUAAUAUAAUAACUACCUUGUCAGAUUUUAGAAUUUAUUUCAAUUUUUUUAAAAAGUUAAUUGAAAGAAAUGUUCAUCCGUUUUUUUCAAAUGCUAAUUAUCUUCUCCCAGAAUUCCCAAAGGUUAUUUAUAAUGAACCUGGUGUAUACAAAUCAAAAAAUGUUAUCAUUGAUCACUCAUGUAAACUACUAAAAAUAGUAUUAAUUGAAAGUCAUAGUGAAAUACUAGAAAAUUCAACUAUUGAAAAUUCAGUAAUUGGAAAGAAUUGUAAAAUAGGAAAAAAUGUAAGAAUUGUAAAUAGUAUCAUAGGUAGAAAUUCUAUAAUAAAAGAUAAUGUAGUUAUUUUAAGUUCUUAUAUAAGUGAAAAUGUUAUUAUAAAUGAUAAUGUUUUUAUAGAUGAAUGCUGUAUUAUAGGAAAAAACAUGAAUAUACCUUGUAAUAUUAAAAUAAACAAAUACAUGAGAUUAAGUGUAUAUAAAUAUUUAAAAGAGAAAAUGAAAUUAAAAAAAAAUAAUGAAAAGGAAGAUUUAAAUAAAAAUAUGAAAAGAGAAAAUGAUGAAAAUAAAAAUAAUGAAUCAAAUUUUCAAGAUGAUCUACAAAAUAAGGAAAAUCAUAUAAAUCAAGAGAAUAAUAAUUGUAAUAUUUUAAAUUCUGAACCAUUUGAAAUAAAUAAUUAUAUAGUUAAAACAAAAUAUUCGGAUGACCAAUUAAGGUUAUUUUCUUUAAUUGGAAAUUUGCAAAACUAUUUAAAUAUAAAAAUUCCAUGUUCUUCUUCAGAUAAUGAUUCACUAGAAGAAAGUGAUUAUUCAGACUAUUCCGUUUCUAAAAAUAAUAAGACAAUUAGUGAUGAUAAUAUAAGUUGUAAAGAAGAUGAAAUAAAUAACGAUUCUGUAAAUAUAGAUAAUGUAAACAAUUACUUCAGUAAUAUAAAUGAAGAAAAAGAAAAAAAUUCUUUUACAAAAGAAAUAUGUAUAUUAUGUAAAGAAGCUCUUGAAAAACCUCAAUUUAUGAGUCACAAAAUUUUAGAAAUGAAAAGUUUUAGACUUUCUUUAAAUUAUACAGAUUUAGAUGUUAUCAUAUCUUUCUUUCCAGUUGUUUGGGAAUUCAUUAAUAAAAUUAAUUUUGACAAAAACACGUGGGUAGAAAGUUUUGAUAAUUCUAAAUUAGAUUUAUUAUUUUCAUCCUUUAUAUUAGAUAAUCAAUUAUAUUACGAAACCAUCUAUGAUUUAAUAUUAAAUUUUUCAAAAAAACAAUUUUUAACUAAUAAUAUAAAAAAUAACAUAUAUGGAUCAGAUAAAUUAUGUAAUGCCUUUGAAUAUAUAUACCAUUCAGACAUAUUUGAAUUUAAUUAUUUUAAUGAAUGGAUGGAAAAAAAUGGAUCAGAUGAUUAUUUGAAAAAUAAUGAACGCUUAAAAGCAUUUGCAAAGUGGUUAUCAGAAGAAUAA